AUGACACCUUAUCUCAAGCUUAUCAAUGCCACUAGACAUGGAUGGUCGGCUUUGAUUUACUUUAUAUACUUUAUGAUGCGCUAUGCAGUACAGAUCAUACUGAAUCUGCCACUGUCACAUCGUCUUCUCUUGUUCACAUUGUAUAGUUUAGUAGUGUUCACUUUUAUCAUUCGUAUGAUAUAUGGUCGUCCUGUUAAAUACUUUCAAGAAUACUUUGGUAAG